UAUAGCUUAUACAAUAACUACUAAGUUUCAGACCCUUGUGUUCCGUUGGUUGUAACCUUUUCAAUGGCUGGUUUGAGGGCUUUAGCUCUUGUUGCUUUGCUUGUUGCAAUUAAUGCUAUAGAGUGUGAAAGUAGAGUGGCAAGAAAGGACCUGGGAUUGGACCUGGGUGGGGUGGGAGUUGGGGUGGGUGCUGGGGUAGGAAUUGGACUUGGUGGUGGUGGUGGUGGUGGUGCAGGCUCGGGUGCAGGUGCAGGCUCUGGGUCUGGGUCUGGGUCUGGUUCAAGUUCAAGUUCUGGUUCUGGUUCUUCAUCUAGGUCAGGGUCAGGGUCAGGCUCUUCUGGAGCUGGUUCUGAAGCUGGUUCCUAUGCAGGAUCUCAUGCUGGGUCUGGGGCUGGGUCAGGCUCUUCUGGAGCAGGUUCUGAAGCCGGUUCCUAUGCAGGAUCUCGUGCUGGGUCUGGGGCUGGGUCAGGCUCUUCAAGAGCGGGUUCUGAAGCAGGUUCAUAUGCAGGGUCUCAUGCUGGGUCAGGAUCGCAUGAGUAAAAUCAUGCAUAUAAGUUAAUUAUGUAAUACAGAUCGUACGUGUGGAGAAAAGAAUGUGUGUCAUCAUCAUUAGUUCAUAAGACAUAAUAUUGUAGUUCGCAAAUAAAUAAGUUGAUGUCUCCUUAUGCAUGUGUUCAUCAUGCAUGGUUUUUCCCUUUUGUUUAUUACAUGGAAUCGUACGUACGUCGAUUCAUGGUUCUCCUUCUCCCUACUAUGUUUUAAUAUGCAAAAUCCUUGUAGUGUUGGGUGCUUAAAACUUGACAACAUGACUGUUGCUUUAUUACUGGUUUAUCCAGCAACAGUUCUC